CUUUUUGAACGUCGACGCUGGGCAGUGGGCAGAUGCUAGUUCGUGCUUGUUGGUUGAUAGCAGUUGCCUAGGAAUACGAGGUAGGCGAGGUUACAAGCUGCAGUGGGUUUUGCUGACCAUGUGAGAAAUGCAAGGCCCAUAUUCAAAUCAAGGGUGGGUUCCUUAUGGGUACCCAGUGGAUCACACCUAUGCCUGGUACGAGAAACGAACCUUCCAAGGCUCUGGAGUGUCAAGCUUCUAUUACUACCCUCUGCAAGAGCAACAGCCAUGUGCCUCUGGUAUUACUGGCUGCAGAAGUGCUACCAAAAUGCCCAUCCCCUGCAAAAGCACCAAAGUUAGUUCAUCUCGCGAAUGGAGUGGCUUCCAUUCAUCUGUGUCAUGCAAGGUUCAAGAAUCAGGACUCCAAGCUACUGAACCCUACAGUACAGAAGUGAAGGAAUUUCAUGGAAUGACACCUUCAUGUGGCUCUUCAUGGAAAAACUCGAAAGUUGCAGUGUCUCACCAUGCCAUGCCGAUGGAAAUUUCACCGGUUUCUAAAUGGAAAGACCCAGAAGUUGAAGAGUGCCAUGAUGUCGUGCCGAUGGACAUUUCACCGGUCUCCAGUCCUAAACGUGAGAUCUCCAAUGAUGAGACAUCUUCAAGACACUGUAGCUGUCAUGUGAAGGAAAGAGCAUCGGAUUCUGCGAACAGUGCAAGGCAUAUUCUUGAGAAAGUGUCGUUUAGGACUCCACAUGCACAGAAUAUGUCCUCGUCUGGUUUGAAUGUACUAAAGAAAAGUACAGAAUGCUGUGCACCAAUGGCAGGGAAAGUAGAGACCAUAAACUCUGAGUGCAAAGCAAAGCAGGCCAGUGAGCCACCUAGUCACGGUAGAAAUGGCUCAUGUUUUCGGGGUGAAAGGCUUAGGAGUGGGGGACUUGUGUGGAGUGUUAAAGGUGCGGGCUUCAAAGAUUAUUCAAGAGUCCGCCAUCCUCGGUUGCCUCCCGACUGGUUGACACCGCAACCUGUGAAAAGGCAGAGUGGAAAUACUCUAGAUAGAAAGUGCACCAUCAAUCAGAAAGCUGCUAAGCCAAACUCCUUGGGAGCUAGUGGGAGUACUCCAAAGCUUGUAAAUGAGAGAGUGACCAGUCCACUGGGUAAUGUAAUCAGUGAAAAGAGUUCUGUGAACCCUACUAGGGCUUCAGUAACGGGGCUGCAGUCUGAACUUGUACAUAAACAAGGAACAGAAAAGGCAGCAGUUCGGUUGCCUCCUGACUGGUGUACUCCGCAACCUGUGAAAGUGGGUGGAAGAGGUCUGAAUUGGAAGUUUGCUAGCAAGGACAAAGCUUUUAAGCUACGAAUAGUGCCCAUGCCAACAACUACUGGUGGCAAAAAAAGUGAAAAGCUUGUAAAUAAGGAAGUGAUCAGUUCACUAAGUAAUGUCAUGAGUGAAAAGAGUUUUGUGAACUCUAUCAGGGCUUCGUCAACUGAGCUCCAGACUGAAGUUGUACAUAAGGAGAAAACAGACAAGGCAGCAAUUGUAAUGCCUUCCGACCAGUGUACUCCAGAACCUAUGAAAGUACAUGGAAAGGUUCUGAAGGGGAAGUUCGUUAGCAAUGAUGAAGCUGCUAACCCACGAAUAGUGUUGGAGUCAAAGGCAACUGAUGGUCUAAAGACUGAAGAGCUCAGAAAAAAGGGAGUGAUUGGUUCAUUAAAUAAUGUGAUGAGUGAAGCAAGUUCUUUAAGCACCAUUGGGGCUUCCUCUCGAGUUCAGCCUGAACUAGUUAAUAAAAAGGCUACAAGGAAGGUAGCCUAUGGGAUGCUUAAACAACCCUGCAUUCUGCUCGGCACUAAGAACAACACAACAAGGACGAACUUGGUAGCUGAAAAAAACACUAAAAUGGAACCUCAGAAAGACAUCAGCAAUGCUAUUGACAGCAUUGUAAGAGGGGUGGACACGAAACCUAUGAAGGAGGUACAAACAAGUGAAAGCACCAGCAUCUGCAGUAUUGGCAAUUCAGAGUCUGUAACGGUGUAUCUGGUACCAGAUGACAUCAGUAACAGUCUUUUGUCAUGUGGUGAUAUUGCAUUCAGUAGUUCAUCGGGAGGUUGUGUUCUGGAAAAGCUUGAGUUGACAUUGCAGCUUGAGAAACUGCAUGAUGGCUUUAUUUGGGGAGAUUAAUUUCCUGGAUUCUUAUGUUCAACCCUUCAUCUGAAAUUUCCACUUUGUAUAAAGGAUUCUUGUGUACCAGCA